GGGGCCUAAACUAACACCCGGUUGUCCCGCUUGCACGUGUAAUCAUGGCGGAAUCAACAGAUUCUAAAUCUAUCAGCAAAAAGACUUUUCAAAGCCAUCAUUUUCUAUUGAAAGAAGAAUUCUGAACUUCGAUGCUCUUCUUUGGUUUUAACAUUACCAAUACACUGAGAGCUGUUGUGAAUAAAGUUUUCUCUGUCCUGUUGCCAUAACAUCUUUACCAAUGUGGAGCUCAAAGUUGUUAACAACCUUUUUACACAAUCAUAAUAUUGUAUUGGCACAGCUAAAAAAUGUUGCUGCGUUUGCAGCAUACAGGAAAUUAGAUUUCUCAUCACAGUCUAUAGCUUUUUGUCACCAUGAGAUUAACAAACCUAGUGAACUGAAGAGGAGGUUAAAGGCUGAGAAGCAGGCCAAAAAGAAAACAGAGAAACUAGCAACUGAACCAGUGGCUGAAAAUAAAGAGGCUAAAGGAGAUCAAGAUGAAGAAACAUGUGACCCCACAGAAUACUUCAAUAUGCGAUCGCUUGCUGUAUCUCUUCUCAAAGAAUCAAAUGAGCCACCAUACCCACAUAAAUUCCAUGUUGGAAUGUCUCUUCAGGAGUUUAUUGAAAGAUUCAAUCACAUAGAUUCUGGGGAAAUUUUAGAUGAGGUUGUAACUGUAGCAGGAAGGAUUCAUGCUAAAAGGUUAUCUGGUGCAAAGUUGAUAUUCUAUGAUUUGAGAGGGGAAAGUGUGAAGAUUCAAAUCAUGGCUAAUGCCAAAUACUAUGAAAGCCCAGAAGCUUAUGAAAAGAUGGUUGAAAAAAUCAAACGAGGUGAUAUUGUUGGUGUUAAGGGAAAGCCAGGAAAAACAAAGAAAGGAGAAUUGAGCAUUGUUCCAACCACAGUGACCCUUCUUGCUCCUUGUUUAAGGCAGCUGCCCCAUCUUUAUUAUGGUGUGAAAGAUAAGGAAACAAGGUUUCGUCAACGAUAUUUGGAUCUUAUGAUUAAUGAGCCUGUGCGGAACAUCUUCAUCACUAGAGCAAAGAUCAUUAAUUAUUUACGCAGGUUUUUUGAUGAAUUAGGUUUUCUAGAGGUUGAAACUCCAAUGAUGAGUUUAAUACCAGGUGGUGCAGUAGCCAAACCUUUUAUCACACAUCAUAAUGAUCUGAAUCAAGAUUUAUACAUGCGAAUCGCUCCUGAGUUGUAUCUUAAGAUGUUAGUUAUUGGAGGUAUUGACAGGGUCUAUGAGAUAGGAAAACAGUUCAGAAAUGAAGGCAUAGACCUGACACACAAUCCAGAGUUUACAACAUUAGAGUUCUACAUGGCAUAUGCUGACUACAAUGAUUUGAUGACACUUUGUGAAAGCAUGCUCUCUGGGAUGGUAAAGCAGUUGACAGGUGGGUACAAAAUAACCUACCACCCUGAUGGACCAGAUACAGAAGGCUAUGAAAUAGAUUUUACUCCUCCAUUUAAAAGAAUUCCAAUGAUCCCUGCCCUUGAGGAAGCCAUGAAUGUUAAAUUUCCUCCAGCUACUGAGCUGCAAACAGAAUCUGCUCGCAAAUUUUUUGAUGAACUUGCUAUUAAGAAUGGUGUUGAGUGUCCUCCACCGAGAACUACUGCAAGAUUGUUGGACAAGAUGGUUGGUCACUUCAUUGAAGACAAAAUAAUCAGCCCAACAUUUAUUAUAGAGCACCCAGAAAUUAUGAGCCCCCUUUCAAAGUGGCACAGGUCAGUUCCAGGGUUAACGGAACGCUUUGAGUGCUUUGUGAUGCACAGAGAAAUUGUAAAUGCCUUUACAGAAUUAAAUGAUCCAGUUAUACAAAGAGAUCGCUUCCAACAGCAGGCAAAGGAUAAAGCUGCUGGGGAUGAUGAGGCUAUGUUCGUUGAUGAAAACUUCUGUGUAGCCUUGGAGUAUGGUCUCCCCCCAACUGGUGGUCUUGGACUUGGUGUUGAUAGACUGACCAUGUUUUUAACAGACCAAAAUAAUAUUAAGGAAGUUUUGUUUUUCCCUGCCAUGAGACCAGAGGAGAACACCCAACCACGAACUGUCAAUGAUGCUUCAGGGGAAGCAACCCCAGCCAAAUCAUAGUGCACUGCUAGAUGCAUAGAUGCUCACAUUUUUGUCUUGUUUAUUUAGAUGUUAUUUAAAAGUUGCUUGUACUAAUUUUGUUUCACAAGUUUUCUGUAAUGUAUUUGAACAAGUUAAACAUGUUUUAAUAGCUUUCCUUGAUGAAUUAAAGAUAAUGAAGCAUAUUGAAUAUUAGCAGAUCAGUUUUAAAUUUCAUAAUUGGUUUUCCAUGUACAUCUAAUAAACCUAAUGUUUAAACCACA